GAAGCACCGAGAUUUAUCGAUUUAUCGAGCGAUAACGUAUGGCCUGUGGUGCGAUUUACCAGUGGCAGAACUCUCCUUUGCAUCCCAGUCGACUUUACUAUCAAUAAUGCGGAUGGAGAGACAGAGGCUCGGCGACGGCAGAUCCCUUUAAUCCUCGCUUGGGCUCUGAGCGUGCACAAAUCACAGGGACAAACUCUUGAACGAGUCAAAGUAGAUCUGGCUCGUACGUUCGAAAAAGGCCAAGCUUAUGUUGCUCUUUCUCGUGCAACAAGUAUGGAAUCACUUGAAGUAUUGAACUUCCAUCCUUCCAAGGUGAUGGCGCACCCCCGGGUCUUGGCCUGGCACGAUGAUCUGGACCACGAAGUAGAUAUGGACCCCGAUUUUGAUGAAAUGGACGCAGAUGAUGCAGUAGACGCGUUUUGGAAUUAGUAUAUUCGAAUUUGUUUCCAUAAGAUAUAUCCGCAUUAAUUGUAUAGUACCAAGUUUC